UUGUUAAGUUUUUGAAGCUAACUCGAGGCCUCACCAUGAAACUGUUUAUCGCUCUCUCCGUGCUGGUAGCCGUGGCAUCAGCCUUGCCUCAAUUUGGCGGCGGCAACGCCAACGCCAAUGCCAAUGCCAAUGCCAACGCACAGGGUGGAGGCUUUGGAGGCGGUGGUCGCCCAGGCUUCGGCGGCGGUGGAUUCGGCGGACCCGGCGGUGGUUUCGGUGGAAAUAGAGGAGGCGGCGGUUUCGGUGGUGGACCCGGAUUCGGAGGCGGCGGCUUCGGCGGUGGACCCGGCGGUGGUUUCGGUGGACCUGGAGGCGGUUUUGGUGGUGGACCCGGAAUCGGAGGCGGCGGCUUCGGCGGUAGACCCGGAGGCGGUUUCGGCGGUGGCGGCGGCGGCGGUUCAUCCUCUGCGAGUGCCUCGGCCAGCGCCAGUGCCAGCGGUGGUGGUGGUGGUGGUUUCCGCGGCUAAGCCAUAUAAGAUCUGACUUAUGUAUCUUGAAUAAUUAAGAGUUAAUGAAUGUGAAUAAAAAAAUGAUGAAGCUAAAUCUUAUUUAAGAAGAGUAUUCAUCGCAAUUAAUUAUA